CUCGUUCCCACUAAAUCAACCUCUCUUCUUAAUGCCAUCAAAAAAGUUAAAAACCCCAGACAGAUGUGCGCGAAGCUGAGUGGACAUGUUCAUUCACUCACUGAACAGCUGAAGGAGAUGCUUAAUAGCAAUGCUCACAAACCACAAGAUCCUUUUCUGUAUCAUGAUGAGACACUAGAGUUGAUGACUCAUCGAUGGUAUAAACUAGACAAGGACUUUAAGCUGAAGAAUGGCACAUACGAUAUCAGCCUGAUACCAGAUAUAUAUGACAGUAUAAAAUAUGAUAUACAACACAACAGGUAUUGGGCAGUCUGAUACCAGAUAUAUAUGAUAGUAUAAA